CGCUCCGACAACAAGCCUCCCUGCACUUUCGGUCGUCUUUGCUGCCUCCCUCUCUUUCAUCGGACGUGGAGCUCCUGAGGAAGCGUCAUGAGGGCUUCUCUGCUGCUGGUCUUCGCUCUCGCGGCUCUUAUGGCGGCCGCUGAGGCGAAAAAAUGCAAGGGCGAGUGCGUGCCCGCCGGCUCCUGUGAAGGGAAGUUGGCGAAGGGCGACUGCGGCGACUCCCAGGUCUGCUGCGUGACCGGGAGAAGUGUGGACGUCAAAAGGAACUGCAAGCCUACCCGCAAAUGUGGCAAGCUCAAGGGUGAAUGCAGGAGGAAGAGGUGUCUCCCUGGAGAAGUGAAGUUCAAGAACAAGGGCAAGAAAGCCUUCUGUAAGGGCAAGAAGAAGUGCGUUUGCUGUGCCAGAACAUGCGAAAACAAGGGCUUGUGCAACCUCAAGGGCGGUUUCUGCCAGCCCAUAUCCCUGCCUUGCGACGGCACGCUGGAGACCGGGAAACCCUACUGCAAGGCCAACAAGAAACUGAAGGGAGGCAAAAAGAACAAGUGCGGCUGCUGCAUUCCACUAGCUCCCACCGAAGCUCCCACUACAGCUGCCCCUACAGCUGCCCCUCCUUCGGUACCUUCAUGGGGUUACGAGGGCGAAGGAGGUCCCGAGAACUGGGCGACGCUGUUCCCCAAUUACUGUGCUGGCAGCAGUCAGUCCCCGAUCGCCUUGAACGGACUCGAAGCCACUGCUAAAAGCUCCUCCGACGCCUGGGUGCUGGACAAAUACGACACCGUCCCCGGUGCUCUCCUGAUUGAAAACAAUGGACACUCAGCCAAGGUUGCGUGGAACACCACAAACAUCGAUGAGCUCCCCUCAGUCAGCGGCGGUGAGUUGGGCGCAAAAUACACUUUCGCCCAGUUUCACUUCCACUGGGGCAGCGUCAGCACGCAGGGAUCUGAGCACACCAUCAAUGGGGUCGCAUACGCUGCCGAGCUUCAUCUGGUGCACUUCAAGACUGAGUAUGGGUCCCUCGGCGCGGCGGUCGCGCACGAUGACGGCCUUGCUGUGUUGGGCAUUAUGCUCCUGGGCGGUCUGGUCGACAAUCCCAGUCUCACGCCAAUCAUCGACGGGCUCGCCACCAUCCGAAAUUCGGGUGAUGAAGAACCUCUGGCAACGCUGUUCCCUCUGCAAACCCUCAUGCCGACGAACCCCAACACCUUCUACAGGUACUCAGGUUCCUUGACGACUCCCACCUGUAAUGAGGUCGUCACGUGGACUGUCUUCCCAGACGUCAUAAGCAUUUCUGAGAAUCAGCUUGAGGAAUUCCGCAAGCUUCUCGGAGAUGACGGAGAGCACCACAUUGAAGACAACUACCGACCCGUGCAGCCCCUCAACGGCCGCACGGUCGAGAAGAUCACAUUGUCUUAACUCUUCAUGAUCUUCACCGGCCAAGAAUGAGAACAACGAGCUAAGAGAGAAAAAAGAGUGAGAGAGGAGAGAGUGAGAAGGGAACAAUCUGGUAAUAGUCAGAUACCCUUUAUCUUUAGAUAUUAGUUUUGGGUUAGUAUGUAUGUCUUCCGUUUUUUCUGGUUUAUUUUUCUGAUUUAUGGUUCGCUGACUGCAAUUAGUGCAACAGUACAAAUCGAUAAAGUUGACUGGUUAUUACCCCUGAAUAAAUAUUGAUAGCAUUC